AGGUGUGUCGCUGGAGCUCCAAAGCCUGCGAACUUUCCGUCUUGAUUGGCUCAACCUCACAAGCGACUCCCCCGCGGGGCUCGGCAGAAGCCGCGCUGCCUCCAACAGGAGCGGCGCUCCCUCCUCCUCCUCCACCAGACCGCCCCGCUCCUCUCGGCCAGUCAGAGGGCGCAGCCCCGAGGCUCAGCCGCCGCCGCCGCAUCAUGCAGCCGCCGCCGGCUCCCGCUGCUGCCCUCUUGCUCGUCCUGCUGGCUGCGGACUCCUCGCAGACCGUGGUGUUCUACAAAGGUCGGGAGGAGGCUUCUCAGUUCCUUCGCCAGAGGCACCGCCGAGCCUACCAGAUCUUCGAGGAGACCAAGCAAGGCCAUCUGGAGAGAGAGUGCGUGGAGGAAUUCUGCAACCGGGAGGAAGCCCGAGAAGUGUUUGAGAACGACCCUGAGACGGAUUAUUUCUACCCGAAAUAUUUGGACUGUAUUCAGGACUAUGGGUCACCAGCUACAAGAAGUCCAAAUUUACAUACGUGUGUGCAUAAUUUACCAGACCAAUGUUCUCCUAACCCGUGUCAUAGAGAUGGUACUAUAAAAUGUGAAGAUCUGAAAGGUGGAUACCUUUGCCACUGUAAGAGCGGCUGGGGAGGCGAGACAUGUGAUAAAGAUAUUAAUGAAUGUGCAGAUCACAAUGGCGGAUGUAAACAGAUCUGUUACAACAAGCCAGGCAGCUAUCACUGCUCAUGUUACAUUGGUUAUGCUCUUAUGAGUGACAAUAAAUCGUGCGAAGAUAUUGAUGAAUGUGCUGUAACAGCAGGGAUCUGUGGAGAAGCUCAAUGUAAAAAUUUAGUAAAGUCUUACACAUGUGUUUGUGAUACUGGCUACACUUACGAUGAGGUCACAAAGACCUGCAAAGAUGUGGAUGAAUGUGAACAGAACUUAUGUGAGCAAACAUGUGUUAAUUCACAAGGAAGCUAUACUUGCCACUGCAAUGGAAAAGGUGGAGUUAAACUCUCCAGUGAUAUGAAUACUUGUGAGGAUAUUUUACCUUGUGUACCAUUUGCUACUGAAAAAAGUAUUAAAUCCCUCUAUCUUGGAAGAUUUUUUAGUGUGACACCUGCCAUCAAGGCAUUCUUUAAGAGGACACAACCCACAAGAUUUACAGCUGAAUUUGAUUUUAGAACCUUUGAUCCUGAAGGUUUGCUUUUUUUUGCUGGAGGCCAUCACGACAAAACCUGGAUAGUUUUGGCUUUGCGCAAUGGACGGUUGGAGCUGCAACUCAAGUACAAUGGAGUCGGCCGGGUGACCAGCACUGGCCCAAUCAUCAACCAUGGCAUGUGGCAGACAAUAUCAGUUGAAGAAUUGGAAAGAAGUUUAGUUAUAAAAGUCAAUAAGGAUGCAGUUAUGAGGAUAGCUGUCUCAGGCAAUUUGUUUACUCAAGACAGAGGACUUUAUCUUCUAAAUCUAACAGUUGGAGGACUUCCUUUCAAGACCCAUAAUCUUAUCCAUUCUAUUAACCCUCGACUAGAUGGAUGUAUGAGGGCUUGGAAUUGGCAGAAUAAGGACGACGUUACUAUCCAAACGAAUGAUAGGAUGCAGUGCUUUGCAAUUGCAGGAAGAGGUUCUUUCUACCCUGGCAAAGGAUUUGCUAUAUUUAAUCUCAAUUAUGCUCGUCCAUUUGAUAUCAAUGAAACCAGGAAGCAGUGGGAAGUAAAAGUAAAUCUUUUAAUUCGUCCAGCCACAGAUACUGGAGUGCUCUUUGCUCUUGUUAGCAAUAAAGCAAUAGUCCCUUUGUCAGUGGCUCUGAUUGACUAUCAUUCCACAAAGAAGCUUAAGCAACAGUUUAUUAUCUUGGCAGUGAAGAACACGGUAGUUUGCAGGCUGGCAGUAAGCAUUUGUGACAAACAAGAGCACUUGGUGGACAUCUUCGUCAGCAAUAGUCAGAUAGUUUUGACUAUGGAUGGGACUGCAGGACAGAACGAACUAAGCCAGGCACAACUGGAAGAUUAUCUGUCUGUUUUAGAUAAUUACCUACAGUCAUCUCUAAAGACUUAUGUAGGAGGACUGCCAGAUGUUCCUGUCACUUCAACUCCAGUUACUGCUUCCUACCAUGGCUGCAUGACGGUGAAAGUUAACAAUCAAGCUCUGGAUUUAGAUGAGGCACUCCAAAAGACCAAUGACAUCACCUCCCAUUCUUGUCCUCCAGUAGAAACUGGUCAAUAGAUGCCACUGCAACACACACAGAAUUUUUGUAUUCAACAUAUGUGCAUUUCAGUUAUAAAUUAUUCAGAUUUCCAGCACUGCGUGUAUAGUUCCCUUGAACACUGAUGUUAUGUAGGAUCUACUGUGUUAAUUAUUGAAAUAUUUCUUUGCUUGAGAAGAUUUAAAAUAUGUAAUAUAUUUGUAAAUAGUUGAAAAUACUAAUGUUAAUAACCAGAAGUUGCAAAUUGUUCUCUGAGGUGAGUAGUUGAGAAACAGUUCAUGGUCGCUGGUAAAUUACUUUGUGUGGACUGGAAGAUUAAAAAUAAUUAUGUAUUUUUUUAAUGCUGCUUCCUAACUUACAAAAUAUGAAAAAAAUAAAACUUUUUGUUGAAUUAUA